GUUCUGAUCACGUCUGGUCGUGGCAGGCUCCCAUCAGUCUCUGGCUCUCAGGCUGAGGUCCUCGAUCAGGUCUCAGGCGAGGCUCCGGUCUGGUCUCGGGCAGAGCUUCAGCUAUGUCUGUCAACCCUGAAAUCUCAGUGUGCUCCUGAUGAGAUCCAUCUUGAAACAUUGUUGGAUUCUGUGACAUUUGAGGAUGUUGUCGUGAACUUCACCCAGGAAGAAUGGGCUUUGCUGAAUCCUUCUCAGAAGAAUCUCUACAGAGAUGUGAUGCUGGAAAUCUGUAAGAACUUCACUUUUAUAGGAAACAGUUAUGAAGAUGAGAAUAAUAAAGAUCAUUGUAAAAGUUCUGGAAAAAAAUCUAAGAAUUUUCUUGUUCAAGACAUUCUGUGAGCAUAAAGAUCUUCAGGAUGGAGAAACUUUCACGUGGAUAGCAAAUGAUGAUAUGAACAUGAAAAUUUCUGGUGACCUAACACCAUGUGAAAGCAAUGUGUGUGGAAAGGUUUCCAUGUGUCAUUCAUCCUUUAAUAACCAUCUCACCUCUCACUCUCAAUACAAAUCAUAUGAGCAUGGGGUAUAUGGAAACAAGCUGCAGGACUCUAACUCUUUCAGAAGCUGUCAAACAUAUAAUGAGAACUCACACUGUAAAUGGACCUUUUGAAUACAAGAUAGGCUUAAAGUAAAAAAAAAAAAUAACAAAGUUAAAUCAUGAUGACUGUAGUAGGAGCGAGAUACGGUGGCUCAGACCUGUAAUCCCAGUACUCAGGAGGCUGAAGCAGAUGGAUCGCCAUAGGGUCAAGGCCAGCCUGGGCUACACAGUAGUUCCAGAACAGUCUGGGCUACAGAAUAAGAUCCACUUUCAAAACAACAACAAAACAACCCCUCAACAACAAACCCAAGGGGAGAAAAAAAAUCCCAAAAUACAAACAGAAAAAAAAGUAGAGGAGAAUGCUCUGCUGAGUUCUUACCUCAUCAAUAUUCUGUUAAAUACCAACUGGUGUGCUGCAAUUCUUUCCUGGUACUCACCAUCCAGCGCUAGCAAAGACUUUGUGAGAUAAAAGGUCACAGUUUACAGCAACAUUGCAUUUAUUUUAGAUGCCAGCUGCGAGUUUGGGUUCCAGGGCCACCUACAUUUCCAACUGACUGGCCACAAAUUCAGGGUUUCCCACUGUCUUCCUCAGAUGAAAAAGCUUCCUAGAAUUACUAGGGGCUGAGGGUGUAGCUCAGUAGUAGUGUGCUUGCUUAGUAUGUGCAAGGCUCUUCUUCCAUCCUCAGGUACCACAACACACCACCACCACCACCACCACCA